UUUCUCUGAAUAAAGUUUUACUGCCACACAGCCAUACCUAUUGAUUGCUAUUGUCUGUGGUUGUUCUCCUAUGACAUCAUGGCAGACUUGAGUAAUUGUGACAGAGAUGGUGUGGCAUGCAGAACUUCAAAGAUUUACUCUCUGACCUUUUACACAAAAUGUUUCUUGACUCCUGUUGUAAAUGUAGAGUGUCCUGAACCUUCCCCUCCCUGAGGCUUCAUGUCCAGCACAUAGGGAGCACAUAGUGGAAGAGCCAUUUGUACCCUAGCCCCCAAGACUUCUCACUCAGAAGCUGCUCUGUCCACUGGAUGUGGAUGCUCUCACCUGGGUCCACUCUUCUGUAGGACUUUUUGAAGGUGCCCCAUGGACUCAGAUGUUCUUAGUAAUCUAUACUACUAACUCCUGGGAAGGUUUUCCAGUUUACAAAUGCUUUUCACUUCUACUGUCUUUGUUUUUAGUCACUGUUUUUAUUUUUCACAAUCCAUAUGGUCUAGUCUCUCCCUUUGAAUUAGCCCUUCUUCAAGGUGUCAUGCAAGUGUUUGUUGUUACAAAAUUUAUAGUUUUCUUGGGAGGUAACAGGAUAUUUAUAUUAGAAAGUAUGGUAAGGACCCUGUACCUUUAACAUGACAAUCAUAGGAUUGGCCACCACCAAUCCUGCUCCCCCUCCUCCCCACACCUGCUGAUAGAAAUGGCCUUACCCUUGUUGGUGGGGCCAUCCUGGGAAUCUAUGCUCUUUGGCUUAAGGGUGGGCAGCGGACACACUGUGGCCAUUGCAGACUUUGGGUAGCAUCCCUUCUGUGAUAGUGCAAGAACCUGACUCCUGUGAUAGCACAGAUGAGUUUCUUGUAUUUUUGAGAAUGUUGGCAAGAAAUAUAGAGAAAACCAGUUACUCAGAAGCAACUAGAGAGGAAUCCACUCCUUUAGCAAAUAGUUCUGUUGUCCCUGCUAUGUACGGGGUACUUUUUUAGAGAAACAGAGGUGCCUUCUGCAUAUUACAUUUUCUAGCAAAAGAAUAUAGAAAAAAGAGCUAAACUUCCAAUCCUAGAAAAUACUGUUUUAAAAAGAGUUAAGUGCUAUAAAGGAAAUAAUCCAGAUUGAUGGGAUAGGGCAUAGAUGAGGUGAUGUAGUGGUUUGGGUGAUUACAAUAAUCAAGAAUGCUAGGCAGUUGGCAUAGCAACUGCAAAGGUCCUGAGGUGUAAGCAGUCUUCAGUGACAGAGAAGCGCUGUUGGGAAAAGCCAUGUGGUGGUGGGACCUGACUCUGAGGCAGGUCAGGUCUCCUAGAUAUGGAGGGACCCACUGAGGUCCCUGUAACUGUGUGAGUUCAAGCUCCAGACUCUCUCCUGAUUACAUUGACUACAUUUACUAUUCUGGGGUCCAUGGGAGGUCCCAUUCAACCCCCCCUCUUUUUUUUGUUCUAGGUACAUUCCUAGAGACUUCACUGAGUCUUUGCUUUUUAUAAUCAGAUCAUAAUGACAGCCAGCACCUACAAUGUCCUAGGCCUUGUCCUCACACUAUGUCUGGAUUAACUUCUUUUUUCCCAGUGAGAUGGGUACAUGUGACUAUCCCCUUUGAACCAUGUGCCUUCACUGUUCUCUACCAGCUCUGUGGAGAGCAGGCUGAGCUGGACUCACACAGGUUACUGUCAGCCUUUCCUGGUCAGAGGUCCUUUGGAGAGACUGUAGAAUGUGACUUCUUCCCUAUGGGCAUUCACUUGUGUAUGUACAAAAAUAUACAGUAGAGUGUUGCAUACAAAAUCCUAUCUGUGUGCUGAGCCUUGUGUCUGUCCUUGCAGAAUCAGGCUGGGCCAGGGCAUAUACAGUUGGGAGGAAGAGGAACCCAGCGAUGGUCACUUCUGCCCUCAUCUCUCCUCUCACCAAUAAGCAGUGACUAUCCAUUCACAAGUUAGCAUAACUUGAAUGCCUAAUGUGGACCAGGAGCUCACAAGUCUGUUUUCAUUUCAGGGCCCUUCUAAUGCUGAGCCAUGGUACUGUACUUUUCACUGCCUAAAGAUGCGGAAAGGAAGCUUAGAGUUGGAGGGAUUUCUCCCUGCCAGAGGGGUGGAGGCCUGCAAGAAUGUUCUAGCAAUACAAGGAAACUCCUGAGAACUAUUCCAAGAGGUGGAAAGCAAGGGAGUCACUUUUGCAUCAAGUCCUUUUGAAAUGAGAUACGAAGAUUCUUUAAAAUGGAAUCAAAUACUUGUUUUCCUCAUUCUGGUGGAGCUGAGCUGUGCAGGAUGGGGAGUGCGUCAUGGAGGAUGUCUUCAUUAUGUGGAAUCUGGAAGAAUAAUGAGAGUUGACCUGGAGGAUCAUUUGGACUAUAGAUGCUCCCCAAAAGUCCUCCUACUUGGUUUAAAAAUAUACUUUGCAUCUGUAUCAAAAGUGGAAGUCUGAAAUUGUAGAAAUUAAAGCUAUUUCUGAAAAAUGUUGACACAUCACUAUGAAGGCCUGUCUUUUGGAAAGCAUAUGAGAGCAAUGCCUGAUCCAUGCUGUCAGGUCUUGCUAUGGAAGAGGACAUCACGACCAGCAUUAAGAAAAUAUUAUGAGGGAGGCCAAGGACUUGACGCUCCUGACAGAGACACGGCGCUGGGAUUAGGGAUUGCCACUUCUGAGAGGAUGCUGGGAAUCUGCAGAGGGAGACGGAAAUUCCUGGCUGCCUCUUUGACUCUGCUCUGCAUCCCAGCCAUCACCUGGAUUUACUUGUUUUCUGGGAGCUUUGAAGAUGGGAAGCCAGUGUCCUUAUCUCCGCUGGACUCCCAGGCACAUAGUCCACGGUACACAGCUUCCAGCCAGCGGGAGCGCGAAAGCCUGGAGGUGCGUGUGCGUGAGGUGGAGGAGGAGAACCGGGCACUCCGCAGGCAACUCAGCCUGGCCCAGGGCCGCAGCCCAGGCUACCACCGUGGCAACCACUCCAAGACCUACUCCAUGGAGGAGGGGACUGGGGACAGUGAAAAUCUGCGAGCCGGCAUUGUUGCAGGCAACAGUUCUGAGUGUGGGCAGCAGCCGGUCGUGGAGAAGUGUGAGACAAUCCAUGUCGCUAUCGUCUGUGCUGGAUACAAUGCCAGCCGGGACGUCGUCACCUUGGUCAAGUCUGUUCUCUUUCACAGGCGGAACCCUCUACACUUCCACCUCAUUGCUGACUCCAUCGCAGAGCAAAUCCUGGCCACACUCUUCCAGACCUGGAUGGUGCCUGCCGUACGUGUGGACUUCUACAACGCAGAUGAGCUCAAGUCUGAAGUGUCCUGGAUCCCCAACAAACACUACUCUGGGAUUUAUGGCCUUAUGAAGCUUGUACUGACCAAGACACUCCCUUCCAACCUGGAGAGAGUCAUUGUUCUCGACACUGAUAUCACCUUUGCCACUGACAUUGCGGAGCUGUGGGCUGUGUUCCACAAGUUCAAAGGGCAGCAGGUCCUGGGCUUGGUAGAAAACCAGAGCGACUGGUACCUUGGAAACCUGUGGAAAAAUCACCGCCCGUGGCCAGCCCUGGGAAGGGGCUACAACACAGGGGUGAUUCUACUGCUUCUGGAUAAACUGCGGAAGAUGAAAUGGGAGCAGAUGUGGAGGCUGACAGCAGAAAGAGAGCUCAUGGGUAUGCUGUCUACAUCCUUGGCUGACCAGGAUAUCUUCAAUGCUGUCAUCAAACAAAAUCCCUUCCUUGUGUAUCAGCUCCCCUGCUUUUGGAACGUGCAGCUGUCGGACCACACCCGAUCUGAGCAGUGCUACAGAGACGUGUCUGAUCUAAAGGUCAUCCACUGGAACUCCCCGAAGAAGCUGCGGGUAAAGAACAAGCAUGUGGAGUUCUUCCGAAACCUCUACCUGACCUUCCUGGAGUACGACGGCAACCUCCUGAGGCGGGAGCUGUUCGGCUGCCCCAGUGAAGCCGACGUCAACAGCGAGAAUGUAAGUGACUAGUAGAUGCAGUGGGAGAAACGGUGAUCCCACUAGCCUCAUGGGAACCCUGCGUGCCUGUCUCUGCAUCUGGCUCUGGGAGGGUCUGAGAUGAACAAGAUGCUUCACCUGCCCAGGAUGCACUGCCCCAUGACAGAUCAUGUCCCCAGCCUUCACUGUGAUUAUGGAAGGAGGGACACUCAGCCAAAUUGGGUGAGUCUGAGUGAGUUUCGGGCAGUGGAAGCAGAAUGAACAAAACCACCUGGAAAAGAGAAGAUACAGUCUGUCGUGUGCCCAGGACAUCCCAAGUCUUUGUAGAGGUGGCAUCCACGCUGGGUCCCCAGGGUUCAGGCCUCUCAGUGCUUGGGGUGGCACAGAAGGAGAUGCCAAGUGACUGCCUCUUCAGAGUCAGCAUGGAUGAGGAGAGUGUAAGAUAAGUUGUCACAGACAUAGCUAACAUCUGCUCGGUUUUCCUGCUUUUUCAUAUGUUUAUAUGUAUCUCAUUUGAUGCUCAUAGAAGCCCUCUUUUACAGUUGAAGGAAUAGAAGCAUAGAAAGGUCAAGCAUGUUGUCUGUGAUCACACAGCAAUCAGGGACAUAGGCUGAGAUGGAUGCUAAGCUCCACAGAGAGAGGAAGCAGCACUGUAGCAGCAGGCAGCAGGGCACAUGGAAUCUGGCUGGCCUGGGUUUGACUGAUUCCUUCCACUUACUAUCUGUGUGACUUCAUACGAGUUAUUCUACCUCUUUUUGUCUCAGUUCUCUCAACUGUCAAAUAGGGAUUAAAAAGUUCUAUAGGGAUGUUUUAAGAAUCAGUGAGACAUUGUAUCUAGAACACCUGGCUCAGUGUCUGCCAUAUUUUAGAUCUAGGUAAGUACUUGCUCCCUCCUCUUUCCUUCACCCUGGGUAUCAGACACAAGAACAAUUCGCUCAUCCUUUCAGUCCACAAGCAUUUAUGGAAGACCUUCUAUUUCUUCUGAGCACUGAGUAUUCAGAGGUGAAAAAGCAUCUGGUUAAAAAUUUGAAGGUAAAAAAGAACCAUUGUCCUUAGUUAUAAAAACCUCUCAUGGUAUUGAUAGCCUAGUAGGAGAGACACAAUUAACUAAUAACU